UGCAAUUUGCUCCAGGGCGCACCCUCCGGCCCACUGCCCGCCCCGAGCGGGUGCGCGGGCGGAAUGCAACAAGGGGGCGGCGGCAGCUGGCCCCUGACCCGGGUCUGCAGCUCGAAUUCCCCUCCUCUGCUCUGGGCUCGAGGAUUGGGCCCCCGCUCUGUACUGUCCUCCCUGGAACCUGGGUUUGCAGACAGGGCACCAGGCUCCGAGAGGGUGCCUGAGGUGCCUGGGGUCACACAGGCCAUCCGAUGCCCACGUUUCCCGCCAGAUGCCUGGACAGUGACUCCGCUUGGAGAUCCCUGCCUGGGAAAUCCGGUCUCCAGGGGUUCCCCUGACCCCCGCCGAGGCCCCAUUCAAGAAUGCCCGAGGCCAAGAAGCUGCAUUGUGGGAAAUUCAGAAAAUGGAGAGAAGGAGAGAGGAAGCCUUGACCUCUCCUGGGAACUUCGACCUGCAUAUCCGGCCGGCCACACGCCAUCUCCCUUUGGGGUCCCCCGGACAUGUCGAACAGAUCAUGGCCAAGCUGGCCUUCUGGACUUCUCUCCCCAGUCCUUUUCCCAGCCACCCCCACCCCCAUCCUGCAUCCCAGCAAACCACACGCCAACCCCCCACUCGUGCCUUCUAGAAGCCUCUCUGGCAUCGCCCCUUCCAUCCCCCGUCAGGAAUCCAUCCACAGACCCCGAGGGUCUCAUCUCUAUGGACCCUCCCAUGGUCACUGCCCGAGACAUCACAGAAGUGAAGCGAGGGGGUCGCUGUUAAUGAAAAGCACGCUUUGGGGGGGUAUGCUGUAGGAAAAGGCAGAGGCUCUCAGAGCUGUUCCCCCCUUCCCCAGAGUGGCCGCCCCCCACCGACCCCUGCCCCCAGGCCUUGUACUCCGGGUGCAGUCAGCUCUCGAGAGGUGGGGGUCAGAGGGCAGAAAAGACCUGCAGGGAGAGAGCGUGAGAACGGAGACCUUCAGCGCCCGCACGGGUGGCCAUGAUGGGAGAGUCCUGGCACGUGGCGCCAGCCUUUGGACUUGGUGAAUGUGUGUGAUCAGCUAAAAGUAAAACUGUGCUUUUUUUCCUCCUUC